AUGCUGCCUCCCACUCACACCACCAAGGCAUCGCCCGAGCUUGCCGCCGCCGCCGACCCUGCCGCUGCUCCUCACCCAGACGCAGAGCGCAUCAAGCCAAAGCGUUCCUCCAGCUUUGGCCGCGGUCUCGGCCAGCUCGCCUCUCUGACCGGCGCCAAACCCAAGGCCGUCGACCUCAUGUCCUUCGGUCGCACAAAGUCUGGCGCCUCGACACCGCAGUCGCCCUCGCCUCAGAGCGCUGCUGACAACGUGGCCGCUGCUGCUGCCAUCCUCGCCAACCCUGCCGCCGCCACUAACACGCACGCUGCCGCCAUGCGUCCGCCUUCCACACCGGACCCCUCUCACCUCACCCACUUCUCCCUGCUUCUCAGCGAUCUCGUCAACAAGGCCUUUGUCACCUGCUCCCCUGGCAGCGCUCCCGCCGCCACUACAACCAGCUCUGUCGCCUCCAACGUCGCCGCUGCUGCCAAGGGCCCUACCAUCCCCAAGAUCAACCAGAUCACCUACGAGGGCAAGCAUCUGCCGGACACGGCAAAGAUCAUCGAGAUUGCACAGGUCGUCGUUGGCGAGCUCCGCUACGCCGAGGCAGUCGACGCCUACCUCCUCCGCGCCGUCUCGCGCCAGAUCCUCAAGGCGCUCACCCUCUUUGCGGCGCGCAUCGAUUCGCUCCUCGUCUCGCCCACAAAGGACCCUGGUGCGCUCCGCAUCCCCACCAACGCAAAGGAAGGCCUCCACAUCCCCGCAGCCAUGGAGUUCAACCUCGGCCUCGUCACCCUCGAGUGGAUCGUUGAGGACAGCCUCGAGCGCUGCAUCGAAGGCGACCGCGACGCUCACGGAGACCUCAUCGCCGACGAGAACGGCGCCGUACACGACGGCAUGCCCCACUUUGUCUCCGAGAUCCUCACGCCCGUUCGCAAGCGCAUGGAAGGAACCAUCCUGCACAUCAUCCAGCCCAUCCUCGCACAGACAAAGGCUUCCAUGGCGCGAUGCAUCUCGAGCGCCGUCCCCACCCCCUUUGUCUCCACCGUCACCCUCUCGCCUUCCACCACCUCGGGCAGCGCCACUGCUGCUCUGCCAUCCGACAGCGGAACCGCUUCGCCCCCGCUCGCCGCUGUUGGCGCAGCUGCGACCGCUCCAGGUGCGGUCCCUGGCAACGUCUCACCCCCUCUCCGCCCUGGAGAGGCCGGUCCCGGCUCCGCCUGGCUGCGCGAGCUCGAUGGCCGUCUCGAAGGUGCGCGAAAGCUCCUGCUGCCCCGCAUCGAAGAGCGCUGUGGUCAAGACGGCGAGGGCUGGUUCAUCUCGGUGGCCAUCCACGUCAUCUGGAAGGGACUCAUGAUUCUCACCUCGCGCUCCGUCUCGCUGCCCAGCAACGCCGCUGCCGAGCUGCUCACCGGAUCCAACGCCGCCAGCACCUCCGCCUUUGACCGUCUCAUGGGCGAGGUCAACCAGAAGCGCAGCCCUUCGCCCGCCCAGCUUGCCCAGGCUCUCAAGUCGGUCGGCGUCGGCUCGGCCCGUAGCAAAAGCAAGGGCCCCGAUGCAACCUGCGCCGCCUCCGACUCGGGUCGCCAGAGCCCCUCUCACUGCUCCGCUUCCGGACUCAGCUCGGCUACGCCCUUCUCGCUGGUGAGUGCGCGUCUGUGCGCCCAUCAGCUCGCCGAGCUGCAGACGUUUGAAAAGCUCAUGCUCCGCUUCUGCGACGGCUUCCUCCGCAAGCCGGGCACGCAGUCCAAGAAGGCCGGCAAGGAUUCCAAGCGAUCGCGCUUUGCACUCUUCUCGUCGGGCGCGGCGAGCAGCCUCGGUGGUUCCAAUGCGCCGCUCGAUCUGUCCGCCUACGACCCAGAUGAGGAGGACGAGCUGGCGCGCGCGGCGCUUGCCGAGGCCAUGCAUGCGCUGCGCGCCACCAUCAUUGUGCUGCAGUGCCUCGAGCGAGAGCCGGCGACCAUCUGUGCCGGCCUCGAGGCGCUCAAGAGGCUUCCCGGCGCCGAAAGCAGCGCCGAUUCACUCACCGGAUCCGACGCAGGCACGCCCAGCACGCCCGCUGCGGCUGGACCCGCGGCUGCGUCGGCGGUCUUGGGUUCCGAGGCGGCCAAGGCGCUGGACGCCAUCCCAAACCUGCUGCUUCUGCACGUCCUCUACACGCGUCUUCCCAUCGGCGCGGGCCGACUCGAGCUGCCGUCGCCGCCGGCGCUGUUCGGCUACACGUGGACCGACUACGAAAAGGCGAUCGCCGGGUUUGCGGGUGGCGAGCAGUGGGCGCAAGCGGUGGCGCUGCGCUACAAGCCCGAGAUGGAAAAGGCGUGGAAGGGUGUCGAGCAGCGUCGCGCCGAGAGGCUCGGUGCUCUCCAGCAGAGAGGCCCACGGACCGCUCGAUCCGUGUCGGGAUGCUCAUCGGCGCGCGGAGGGUCUGCACUUGCGCGAGGCGGAUCCAAGCCGUCAUCCGAGGGCGAUGAUGAUGACGACGACGAUGACGAGGAGGCGGCCGAGGCCAUGUCGCAGUCGGUGCCGGAGCUCAAGAAGCCGAGUGCGCAGACGAGGAGGAGCAGCGACGAGGCGCAGCGCGACGCAAGUGCCGCGCGCGGUCGCGUCUCGCCGGGCCACUCGCCUCGACGCAGCUCGACGGCGCACGCGGCACUUGCCGACGGCGCUGGCGCUGUGGCUGUGGGUGCCCCUGCCCCGCCGCGCUUCUGGCGACGCAGCACUUCGACUGCACGUUCUGGCUUCCACCUCUCGUUUGCCGGGCUGAGGGCGCAGUCUCCGCGCGCGUCGCCGGCUUCGGAAUCGCCUGCGCCUGGAGCAGCGCCUGCGACGCCGCCCGUAUCGGCAACGACGACAGACCCGCUUGCUUCGCCGCCUGCGCCAUCGACUGCCGGCUCGGAGACGCUCGAGGCCCGGUACGAUGCCGACGCGCAGCGCAUCCGCCUCGAGGCGGCGCUGGAGCGCAGGUCGCUGUGCGUGUUUGGCAUGGCGCUCACGUACGCUGCGCGCGGUCAGAUGCACAUCAACCUGGCCUAG